CCCCCCCCCCCCCCGCUCCUCGCGCCGCCCUCCUUGCAUAUGCAAAUCCGCCGGAGCGAGGAUGCUGCCGCCCCUUCCUCCCCUGCGGGCUCGGGCUCCCGCACACUUGGGCUCCAGCCCGUGAGAUGCCCCAGUGCUGCUCGUCUCCCUGCAGCAGCAGCCGCCCCCGGAGCCCGGGCACCUUCCCCGCCUUCCCCCGCUCGGCGCCAGCCUGAGCCGCGCCGGGGGCAGCUGUCCCCUGCCCCGGCCCGCCCCGAGGGGAGCUUGGCGUGGGGCUGCCAUGGGCAAGGGGCUGGACGACGCGGCUGCCCGCUGCGGGCUGGGACUGGGAUACUUACUGCAAAUGCUCGUGCUACCUGCCCUCGCCAUCCUCAGCGCCAGCAGCACCGGCUCCGCCGCGCAAGAUGAUGACUUUUUCCAUGAACUUCCAGAAACCUUUCCAUCUGAUCCUCCAGAGCCCCUACCCCAUUUUCUUAUUGAACCUGAAGAAGCCUACAUUGUAAAGAACAAGCCUGUGAAUCUGUACUGCAAGGCCAGCCCUGCCACCCAGAUCUAUUUCAAGUGCAACAGUGAAUGGGUUCAUCAGAAGGACCAUGUGGUGGAUGAGAGAGUAGAUGAAACUUCUGGUUUGAUUGUUCGAGAAGUCAGCAUUGAGAUUUCCCGUCAGCAGGUGGAGGAACUCUUUGGACCUGAAGAUUACUGGUGCCAAUGUGUUGCUUGGAGCUCUGCGGGCACUACCAAAAGCCGAAAGGCCUAUGUUCGCAUUGCAUAUCUUCGGAAGACUUUUGAACAGGAACCCCUGGGGAAAGAAGUGUCUUUGGAACAGGAAGUCCUGCUCCAGUGCCGUCCACCCGAGGGCAUCCCAGUAGCUGAGGUGGAGUGGCUGAAAAAUGAAGAGGUGAUUGAUCCUGUUGAAGACCGGAAUUUUUACAUUACCAUUGAUCACAACCUAAUCAUCAAGCAGGCACGUCUUUCUGACACGGCCAAUUAUACCUGUGUAGCCAAAAAUAUUGUUGCCAAGAGGAAAAGCACUACUGCUACUGUCAUUGUCUAUGUCAAUGGUGGUUGGUCUAUAUGGACUGAGUGGUCAGUAUGUAACAGUCGCUGUGGGAGAGGUUAUCAAAAGCGCACAAGGACCUGCACCAAUCCUGCCCCACUCAAUGGUGGUGCCUUCUGUGAGGGCCAAAGUGUCCAGAAAAUAGCUUGCACCACUCUCUGUCCAGUGGAUGGCAGAUGGACAUCAUGGAGUAAGUGGUCUACCUGUGGGACAGAGUGUACACAUUGGCGCAGGAGAGAAUGCACAGCACCAGCACCGAAGAAUGGUGGAAAGGACUGUGAGGGUCUUGUCCUGCAAUCCAAGAACUGCACAGAUGGCCUCUGUAUGCAGAGUUUCAUUUAUCCUAUUUCAACUGAACAGAGAACCCAGAAUGAAUAUGGAUUUUCUUCUGCUCCUGACUCAGAUGAUGUAGCUCUCUAUGUAGGCAUUGUGAUAGCCGUCAUCGUGUGCCUGGCUAUUUCCGUGAUUGUGGCACUGUUUGUAUACCGGAAGAACCACCGUGACUUUGAGUCGGAUAUUAUAGAUUCCUCAGCAUUAAAUGGUGGAUUUCAGCCUGUUAAUAUCAAGGCUGCAAGGCAAGACCUCCUGGCAGUGCCACCAGACCUCACAUCUGCUGCAGCCAUGUACAGAGGUCCUGUCUAUGCUUUACAUGAUGUCUCUGAUAAAAUUCCCAUGACCAAUUCUCCAAUCCUUGAUCCACUGCCUAAUCUGAAGAUCAAGGUCUAUAAUACCUCAGGCGCAGUCACCCCACAGGAUGACCUGUCUGACUUCUCAUCCAAGCUGUCUCCACAAAUUUCUCAGUCUCUGCUGGAGAAUGAGACACUAAACAUGAAGAACCAGAGCCUUGCUCGACAAACAGACCCAUCAUGCACUGCUUUUGGGACCUUCAACUCCCUAGGGGGUCACCUGAUUGUUCCCAAUUCAGGAGUAAGUUUGCUGAUCCCUGCAGGAGCCGUUCCCCAGGGGAGAGUUUAUGAAAUGUAUGUGACAGUUCACAGGAAGGAGAACAUGAGGCCACCAGUGGAAGACAGUCAAACCCUUUUGACCCCAGUGGUGAGCUGUGGGCCCCCAGGAGCGCUGCUGACACGGCCUGUCAUUCUAACUAUGCACCAUUGCGCAGAGCCAAACACAGAGGACUGGAAGAUACAGCUGAAAAACCAAGCAGCUCAGUGCCAGUGGGAGGAUGUGGUGGUGGUUGGGGAAGAAAACUUCACUACCCCAUGCUAUAUUCAGCUGGACUCAGAAGCUUGCCAUAUCCUGACAGAAACACUCAAUACCUAUGCCUUGGUGGGACAGUCGAUCACGAAAGCAGCAGCAAAGCGGCUCAAACUGGCCAUCUUUGGGCCAGUGUCCUGCUCAUCACUGGAAUACAGCAUCCGAGUCUACUGCCUGGAUGACACUCAGGAUGCCCUUAAGGAAGUUCUACAGCUGGAGAGGCAGAUGGGAGGACAGUUACUGGAAGAACCAAAGGCUCUGCAUUUUAAGGGAAGCACCCACAACCUCCGUUUGUCUAUUCAUGAUAUCGCUCACUCUCUCUGGAAGAGCAAAUUGCUUGCUAAAUACCAGGAAAUUCCCUUUUACCAUAUCUGGAGUGGGUGUCAAAGAAACCUACACUGUACCUUUACUCUGGAAAGGUUCAGCCUGAGCACGGUGGAGCUUGUUUGUAAACUCUGUGUACGGCAGGUUGAAGGAGAAGGACAGAUCUUCCAGCUCAACUGUACGGUAUCAGAGGAGCCUACUGGCAUUGAUUAUCCUCUCAUGGAUUCAGCAAGUACCAUCACCACCAUAAUGGGACCCAGUGCUUUCAGUAUCCCUCUCCCAAUCAGGCAAAAGUUGUGUAGCAGCCUCGAUGCCCCUCAGACUAGGGGCCAUGACUGGAGGAUGCUGGCCCACAAGCUGAAAUUGGACAGGUACCUAAAUUAUUUUGCCACAAAAUCGAGUCCUACUGGUGUGAUUCUAGAUCUCUGGGAAGCCCAAAAUUUCCCUGAUGGCAACCUGAGCAUGCUGGCAUCAGUCCUCGAAGAAAUGGGAAGGCAUGAGACAGUUGUUUCUUUGGCAGCAGAAGGAAAUUACUGAUGCAGGAGUGGGAUGAACACGAAGGAAUGGAAACAGGGAGUGGUAUUGCCCUGUCACCUACAAAUAAGAAACAAAAUAAAAACCCACACCAAUGAGUUUCACAAGACAUAUUUCAAAGAAGAAAAAGCAGCCCUGACUCUCACAUAUGUUCUUCUUGUACAUUAUCACAGGAUUUAAAAAAAAAACCAUGCAAAAUUGUACCUUGAAAAUAUAAAUCAACCUAACGUUCCUCUCAGCUUGGCUGUACGCUGCUUGGUACAGGAUUUUACAGUUUCCUAGGAAACGCUUUUUAUUGCUAUCCAGAUAUAUGGAUAAACUUUCUUAACAGUCCCAGUUUCUAUGGACGUUGUUUACAUCAAAUACUGGACAGGGGUAAAGAGACUGUCCAUGGCUCUCUAUAUUUUUGUUUAAAGCCAUUCUAGACAAAGCUGUGGACAGUCAGUUGUGGCUAUCUCAGAUGAUCAAUUUUCAGUCAAUUUCCAGUCACAUUCAGACUUUGGCUACAAAUCCAUUCAUCAAGUAUCUCAAAAUAAUCCUCCCAUCAGCGUUCUGUUUCCUAGACCUAGUUGUAAAACCAGAAUUUUAAAUGCGUGCAUCUGGAGAGCAGAUAAUCUGGGUGCUAAGCAGGAACACACAUACCUCUCCCUGCUUUCCCCAGGGGAAUCCCUUGGGUCCUUUGUGGGAAAUAGAUGUAGGUUGGCAGGGAAGAAAGGGAUCCAUUUCCAAAUCACAGUAUAACCCCUACCCCAUUAAAGCGCAUGUGUGCGUGUGUUUGUGUGUGCGUGUGCAAGACAUGUAAUUUGGAGUGGUGGAAAAAUACAUGCAAAAAUAUUGCUAUGAUGCUUAAUUACUGAUUAGUAUCUAGUGCAAGGAUUAUUAUUAUUAUUAUUGCUAUUAUUAUUUUAAUUUAGAAUUUUGUCGGCAGCAGGAUGAAUCAUUCAAUUGCUGGCAGAACCUGUUUUCUCCGUUCUUGGGCUGCUGAGGUUCUCAUAAAACACUUCUCUUCCAAUGCCUUUCUCCUUCCCUUUUUCAGCUCUAGUACUCACUUUCUGAGCCCUCUGACAGCCAGUCAGAAAUGCUCACAUGAUGUCAGAUCCAAAGCUGAUAUCAGUUGGUGUAGCUUCUUUGAAGUCAGUGAUGAUUUACACCACCCAGGGGUUUAGCCCUAUAUGCACCAGUUAUAGUAAGGUAUAAGUUCUUGCAAUAAACCUGAAGGCUGUUGGCUUGGACAGUAAGUGGCCCACGAGCACUCUGAAUGCCGGCUCUGCCCCAUGUCAGUGCUGUGAGCGCACUCUCCCAACACAGUCCCCCUACUUUUCAAAAGCUUUUGUGCAGGAGUACAUAGGCACAGUUAGCUACUGCCUGGCUUGUGCAUUCAUGCAUGACAUUAGGCAGCAUACAUGUGCAAACCUGCUCUUUCAAAAGGCUCUUCAGAAAGUUAAGGCUUUAGGGUGUAAUUUAGUUAAGAGGUCUUGAACAUCUUCAUUGCCUGUUGACAUCACUUGAAACUGUGAGUGCCCAGCCCUGCUGAAACUCAGCCCCUACAUUUAAACCUGUACAAUAUUCAAGGACAAUAAUGGGAACAGAGAAGCCACUCCAUUUAUAUUUCUGGGCAAAAUUGUACCCUGAUCUGCAUGGUCACUAAGUGGGACACAGCAGUAUAACUAACUGUGUCAAACACUGCUAUGCUUUGUCCAGCCUAUAAAUACUCCUCUAGGUUUUCUUAGGCGUUCUUGCUGGAACUCAUUUCCCAUGUAGUUGAACAGACACACUUGUUUUCAGCCCAUGUCCCUCUUGGCCAUUUUGAUGCAUGCAAACAGCUGAUGUGGAGAACUUGGCAAGUGAAACUUGUUUUCCCAGUUGUUGUUUCUUUGCAGACUUGUUUUGCUUUGUUCUUAGUGUGAAGAGUGACUCCAUAAUACAAUACUGGGCAUAUCACUUCAGAAGCUGUUUCUAGCCUUUCCUGUCUUUUGCGUCUCAUGGCAGAAGAGCUUUCUCCCCCAUAUAAAGCCCCAGAGAUAAAUGCAAAUAUCUAUCUAUCUAUCUAUCUAUCUAUCUAUCUAUCUAUCUAUCUAUCUAUCUAUCUAUCUAUCUAUCUAUCUAUCUAUCUAUCUUCAAUUCACGUCUUUUUUUCUCCUGAAGUUUUCAAGUAUGUAUUUUUAAAAGAAACCUUGAAAUGUCUUGACCUUUCUCCCAUUUUGACAUUUCCAUAGGCUUUUUAUUCUCAUCUCAGUGACUGUUCUCAGCAGUGUAUUUAUUAAACAGAGAGUAGUGUUCACAAAACGUUCCCUGUGUAGAGAGAGGGCAGUCAGUCAGCCACAGACAAGCAGCCAAAUGAGUGUUCAGAUUAGAUCAAAAGGCACAGGUUCUUACUUUCAAAGAGUAACUAUGUUCAAGAUUCAGCUGUUCAUGUGAGUGCAGUCUUUGCCUAUCCUGCCUGUCCUUUUCAAACGCAGCUUUGUCUUAUGAGUGAUACAAAAUCCUUUGAAGCCAAUGGGAGUUUUUCCACUGAGUUAAGCAGGCUUUGGCUCAUGAUCUUAUGGCCUGUAGCCUUCUAAAUCUUUUUGCUUCAGUUUGUCCUCUUUACCCACUUUUCUGACACCUUCAUUCUUGCUUGUUUGGUGGCCUCUCUGCACAGCAGCAACAUUGUUACCAUUUUUUCUUACUCUGUUCUUCCUCCAGUUCUCACAGAAAUGUGUGCCAUAGCAGAGUUAACAGAGGAACAGCUUUUGGAUCCAAACAAGUACCUCUCUUUUAUGCUUCUCCACACUUCUUUCCCACUCCCCCUGCUUUAGUACUCUUCCAGAUCUGAUGAUUUUUUGUCUCUCAGAUCCUUGCCUUCCACUGCUAGGAUCCAUCCUUUUUGUAUAACCUCUAAAAUCAUUGGUAAACUCUACAGAGGGGUGUUUCCAUGGGGGAGAAUAUGUGCAGCCUUCUCAUAUAGGUCAUAAGCAGAAGCUUCUGCUAUUCAUAGGUUAUGCUGCAUUAUGCAUACUCUUGGUGCUGGUGUUCCCUUUACCAGCUGUCUCUUCUCAGUUGCUUGAGACCUCUUUCAACAAAGGGAAAGGGAAAGGAUUUUUGUAAGAGAUUCUGUUACUGGGUCAGAAUCAUCCAUCAACUGCUUCGCCAUCCAUCAGUAUGAAAAACUUAGCUCAAAGUUUGCUGGGUGCGGAGGGCGGGUAUCUCUCCAAAGAAGGUUGUCACUUGUUGGGAAAGGAGACAGUGCCCUAGGCAAGAACUACAGUUGUUUCUGUUCCAACCCAUUUGUCUGGGUAUUUAGCAAUUGGAGGAGACCUUAAAUAAUCCAGUUUGAGGAAGAUGGGCCUCUGUUUUACUGUCAAGCACUAGGGUUCACAUGAUUGUCAAGGUUAUGGUACUACCAUGCUUCUGGUUUUGGGCCACCCCAAAUGUUAUACAUGCCAUCAUGAAAAGGGGAAGGGAGCAACAGUAGAGAUCUAUGGGCAACAUUAGUAGUGGGUAAUCAGUCAUAGGGCAACUAGACCUCCUUAGAUAACUGGGGACUCAAAAGCCUCCAGGGUCUCACCCAGGCCAGCUUGUCUCUCACUUUAGUUUCCAACUCAGCUUCUGCCUAUAUUACUUUAAUUGUGCCCUUUUUUCUCUUUUUUAUCAAACAAGACAUAGUGGGAAAAUUUUUCCUCUCCGCACUCAAAAGACCUAAGUGGGUCUUCAAUGCCAGAACAUUGUGAUAACAGGUGCAGCUCAAAGACAUCUUUCCAAACCCUGCUUGGACUGCUCCAUGUUCCACAUGGGAUAUAUUGGAAAAUGGGAGAGGGGGAAAGGAGAGCAAGAAAUAGAAAUUUCUUUAUAAAAUUACUUGGUUAUGUGAAGCUAGAAACAGUUCUUUCCUUUCACUGCUUGUACACACUGCCAUCUUGUGGUAAAGUACAUGAACUUUAGUACUGAUACCACUAGGCCAGUUGAAGAAUAAUAAAGAUGAUCUUAAGUACUACUUGAUGGAAAUACUUUUUUAUGAGGUGGCUGUUUAGAAUGGCAAUGAAGUUUUACAGACAGCAUGACUCUCAAGAGUUGCCAUAAGACUUUCGUCAGGUAAUCAACUUGUUUAAAAAAAUGACUGCAGGCUUCUUAUCCUCCACUUCUUCACUUUUAUUACCUGCUUCAUAUUUUAGUUGCCCACCUCAGAAUUAUAUGUUAUUACUGCCCAUCACACCAUCUCCUCAUUACAUGUUGGUUGCUGGUGAUAUAAAUAAUAUAUAUAUUAUAUAUAAAUAUAUAUAAAAAUAUCUACAGACUACAAAGAAAAUCUUUAAUUUCUGAUUUAAGAUCACUAUUGGACAGAGUUUUUUAGCUUAACUUCAUUAAGUUGUUUUGUGUUGUUUGCCUUGUAAAGGUGACUGUCAGUGUAUUUGAUCAGUCCUUUUAUUAGUUUUACAUGCACAUGAGCUGUAUCAUACUGAACAGUAAGAGAGCUGAAGCUUAUUACAAAUGUUGGUAUGUCUGAAGUCAGCAAGGCCUCUUUAGACAGUAUUUGCCUUUGUAGGUGACAGGGAUUGACCAAGACUCUUCUUUCAUAUCACUGGCAGAGAUGUAAACACUCAUAGGCCAUGUAGCAGUUCAGGAUGCACACAGAGCAAAGAUAUAUUAACUUUGGUUUCUUGCUGUUUCUGUUGCUCACGCAUAAAAUGGAUGUACUUAUGCACUGUAAGCCUGUCAUCAUGGCCAGUGUCCUAGUGGGAUUCUUGUCUUGCUACCUGAAAUAGUUUAUUUUCUCUUUUUCCAGGUCCUUCAGGGCAUUAGAAUUCAUUCUAUGUUUUAGCCAAGUAGUGACUACAGCACUUAGGUUAAUUUUAUAUAAGAUAAUACUGUUGAGUCUGUUUGAUCCUAUGUUCAGGGCACUUUGUAAACUACCUUACUGAGAAUUUGGAAGUCUUUUCAGGUAUUUUUCUGAACAGUCAGCUGGCCCUGAAGUGACUAGUCACUCGCAGACUAGCCUAGUUCAUUUCAGACUCUUCGCGGGUGCAGGAGGCUUAUGAAUGGAAACUGAGCCAUUGGCCUUUCCCCUGCAAGGGACCACACACAAUAAGGUAUUCACUUCAGGGUCACCUCUGCAGCUAUUUCUAGUCUCUCCUUCAAACCUUAGUUUGUAAAACUUUGUAAGCCGCACUGCAACUUUUUAAACAUUGAACCACAUGACAUUCCCUUCAAAGUGGGGCUUUCACAUGAACACUAGCUUGAAAAGGGGCUUGGAGGUAAUUAAAGGAAAGCUACUGUUGGAGACCUUUAGCUAUUGCUGACAGAGUUGCAGUAGGUUAAGUGAUUCCUCCCUCCAUCCUUACAGCCUAGCUGCUGCUGUGAAGAUGAUGGCCAGUAUUCAGGGCUGUACCAUCAAUGUAAACUCAGGUGGGCAAAACUGUGGAAGCAGGGGAAACAGCAAUAUUGAUAAUUAACCAGCAAGGAAAUGUGUGAGCUUCUACCAAACCCACAGAACUGAAUACUCUGUCUGGUAGUUUGUACUCCUCUCUGGAAACAAACUAAUUUACCUAUUGUAUAACCUCAGUAGGGGGCAAAAAGUUUUCAUGUGAAAGUCCUUCUUUAAGCUAUGCCUGUACAAAAGUAUAGAUAUCCCAGAGAUUUCACUCACCUCUACCGCUGAAAGGUUAUUUAGCAUUUUCUAUAAUGUUGGUGAAAUUAUAUAUUAGUGGUUUAGCUCAGCUGCUCUUUACAGAGAAGUUAAUUGUUAUGUGUGUAUUGUACUAUGGACUUGGCCUUCUCAUUGAAGGAUGUUCUAUAGUUGUCAUCUAGUUAACUUCUUGGUUUCUUUUAAGAAGCAGGAAGCUACAUUUAACAUCACAGGGACAUCAUUCAAAGCAAGACAAAAAGCCUGGAUAGAUUCAUUCUAAGCUAUGGUUGCCAUGCUGUGGUAGAAUUAAAGGUCAUAGCUGAGAGAAGCCUGCAAUUGUAUGCUGGAGUUGUGUAGUAUCCUUGUGACUAUUUCUACAAAUCUAUGGUAAACCUCGGAUAUUGAAAGGAAUAAUAACAAAUAAAAAAAACCCACAACCACCCUAUGAAGUAUACAUAAAGAGAAAAUGUGAGCUACAAUACAUACCCUCUUUCAUUUUCUACAGCCUUAGUAAAUCAUCCCUUCCAACAAUAAAUUCCAUAUCAUGCUUCAACUACUAACUGCCUCAAAGCAGGGCACAUAACACAAUUAGUAUCAGGACUAAUUAUUCUCCUUGGGAUAUAAUUCAUAUGUUGAACACAUAUGUACAACUUAAUUUACUGAUACACACACCUUCCAUUUAAUACAGAACAGUUAUAAUGUCAAGAUCACACUUUCAAUACCUUUCUAAAGCAGGGAGAGGCUUCUAACAGAGGAAAUGCUCACGCAACCCAGGCUUAGAAGGUGUAUCACAAUUACUGUUUAUGUGUCCCAGCUCCACUACAGAAGUGUUACUUGGGGUUUCUUUCUUUUUAAAUUUCUUCUGCUGUUCAGAAAUGGAGAAAUAUUUUUCUUCAGUUUUAAUUUUCCUAUCGCUGUAUCUUCUAUGCAAUUCCUUUUCUAAAAACUUACUAACAGAGAAGUGCUAGCCAUUGCAUUAUUUGUAUUGCUGUACAGUGGAGGUGUGGUUUACUAGUUGAGUGUGCCUCUUAUUCCCUCUCCCUUUUUUCUCCUUCCCUCUGUUUGUAAAUGCCUGCAUUUAUUCUGUCAGCCUGACAUGUACAAAGUGUAAGAAAGAAUUUUUAAACAGGUAAUAAAUUAUAUUUAUAAGCAACUAGAAAAAAACA